AUGGCCUUCUGUGUUCCUACCCACAAUGUGUCUGUCAUGGAUCUGAUUUGCCAUCUGCAGAAAGCUUCCAAGUAUGAUGACAUCAAGAAGGUGGUGAAGCAGGCAUCGGAGGGCCCACUAAAGGGCAUCCUGUGCUACACUGAGGACCAGGUUGUCUCCUGCGACUUUAACAGUGACCCCCACUCCUCCACCUUCGAUGCUGGAGCUGGCAUUGCUCUCAGUGGCAACUUUGUGGAGCUUAUUUCCUGGUAG